AUGACGUUUUACCACGAUUACGGGGAGCGUUGUGAAUUGCGAUUUUCGGUUUAAAAUUUAGAAAUUUAUAGCUAAUCUACAAUAAGCAAGAUAGCAAUUAUUGGAACAGCAAAAGAUUUGUAAUCUUAAAGUUAUACUUUCGUCAUGGCAGUAAACGUUUAUUCAACAAAUGUGACUUCGGAGAACCUUUCGCGGCAUGAUAUGCUCGCUUGGGUGAACGACUGUCUGCAGUCGAACUUUGCUAAGAUUGAGGAACUGUGCACCGGCGCCGCAUACUGCCAGUUCAUGGACAUGCUAUUCCCAGGAAGUGUACCUAUGAAACGUAUCAAAUUUAAGACAAACCUGGAACAUGAGUACAUACAGAACUUCAAAAUCCUCCAAGCGGCGUUCAAAAAGAUGUCAGUAGAUAAGAUUAUACCAAUCGACAGACUGGUGAAGGGUCGUUUUCAAGAUAACUUUGAAUUCUUGCAAUGGUUCAAGAAAUUUUUCGAUGCCAACUACGGUGGUACAGAGUAUGAUGCUGUUGCGCAGCGCGAGGGCUUGCCCAUGGGCCACGGCUCCGCCGGCGCUCCGCCCCGGGCUAUGGCCCCCUCUGUUAAGAAACCCAUGGCACCACCCGUCGCCAAAGUCGCUGCGAGACCCCAAACCAUGACCUCCUACAACAAUCAAACGCAGGAAGGACAUUCUAGAAUUGGCAAAGCUAACAACACAGUAAGAUCUCCCCCAGUCAACUUGUCAAGACUAAAUCAAAGUGGAAAAGGAGACUCUAAGAUGAUCGACGAAUUAAAUCUUCAAAUUAACGAAUUAAAAGCGACGGUAGACGGUCUGGAGAAGGAGAGAGACUUCUACUUCGGUAAGCUGCGUGAUAUCGAGGUGAUCUGCCAGGAGAUGGACGAGCAACACAACGGACCCAUCAUACAGAAAAUCCUCGACAUCUUAUAUGCGACUGAGGACGGCUUUGCACCUCCAGAGGAGAUAGACGGUGACAAUCCCCACCUGCCCGAAGAGGACGAGUAUUAGAUACUGUCGUAACAAUGUGCUCUUUGUAUUAUAUAAAUUAAAAUUAUAUCGCUUAUGAUCAAAAUCGUGUGCUUGGUAUUUCACAGCCAGUACAGAUCUCGCUAUCAGAGCAAAUGCAGUCUGAAUCCUAGAAAUAACAUAUACCAAUAACUGUUAUGGUGUCUCUUUCGUUCUUUGUAUUAAUGUAAGAGAAAGGAUGAUGUUUCUAAAACGAACGAACUAACUGUGUAAUAUUCGGACUUAGACUGUUUAUACUCUGAUGGCCUUAGUAAACUAAUGUUGGAGGCCCUAAAAUAGCUUAUGAAUGUUCCUAGAUACAUUUAGACGAAAUAUAUAAAUUAGAAUUCAUGCAAUUUAUAGGCAUCACCAAAUUUUUCUAUCCACCAUAAAUGUAUAAUUAUAGCUGUUGUACAUCAUAAUUCAUAAUCUAUGUAUAUAAUUAUGUUAAAUUCAUAUUAUAGUACACAGAUGGCUGUGUUAUACAUAAGUGCAUUGAGCAUGGACCAGUAAAGCAACCAAAAUCAACAGUCACAAACUACAGCUUGGCUUGAGGUUUUAACUUUUAAGUAAACAGAAAAUGCAACCCUAAAAUUGUAUCUAUGUGUGGUAAAUAUGGUAGAACAAUCUAAGUUAUAAUAUUUAAUGACAUAAACUAAAUUAACUAAAAAAUAUUGCAUUUAUAAUAUUUAAAAAUUAAGUAUUAAAAUUUGGGGUACCAGUGAAUUAUGUGAAUGUUAUUUAAUUUUGUGGUAAUUGUUUAAAUCGGCACUAGGUUUCUAAUUAAAGUGCCAGCUGUAGUAUGAAAACUAUUCUCAAAAAGUGAGAAAAAAAUUGGUUGUUAUCUUGCUAUAAGUUGAAUGCUAGCUGGCCCUCUUUGUCUAAGUUUUUCUGUUGACUGGGUUGCUUUGCUGUUACUAAAAUUAUACGCUGACAUGUCUGUCUAAUAUGAAAUUCUUUGUUCAUAAACUUUGAAAUACAUUUAGUUUGUAAAUGUAUAACCAUCGUAAGGUGCAAUGUGCUGGACUAUUAGGCCACUUGAGCCUGUUUUAUGCAUUUAAUAGUUUGUUAAAUAUGAAAGAGAAUUUAAUGUUACUCGUUUAUUCUGUUAAGACAAAAUUUUGCUGUACAUUGGUAUUUGGUAAUAAUCCUUAUAACCGCAGAUCUGAAAUUAUGUGACAAAAUUAACGUUUAUUGUAUUAGUUUUAACAAAAAUUAACGAAGUUUGCCUUAGCUACCGAGCACUUCCAAUUAGUUUAGCGGUUUUAUUUAUAAGGGACGAGAGCACUUUUAAAAUAUUUCAAAAUAGAUCAUUAGAUACAACUGUACUGGUUGAAACAGUACUAAUGACUGUGGUUUAACAUAGGUUUCAUUUACAUGGCUAAUUUAUUUACUUUCAAGCAUUUGUGAAUUGCCUUACCUGCAAAACCUCUCAUAUCAGAUUCUGAAAGUCUUAUUGAAUAAAAUAUAUCCAUACAUAA